GACACAGCUGCACAAAAUCAACAGCAAGAAGCAUCCUGCUUAUUCAUCAGGAUGGGGAAUUUGAAUAACAAAAAGCCAUUUGAAAUGGUAUAAAGGUAUAAAAGCUUGAGUGAACAUGGCCUAUUGGACAACAUCCCAGAGCCGCAGCAAACAGACACCAUGGCCAAGAUCAUCUUCUACGAGGACAGGAACUUCCAGGGUCGUUCCUAUGAGACCAGCUCAGACUGCCCUGAGUUGACCUCCUACCUGAGCAGGUGCAACUCCUGCAAGGUGGAGAGCGGCUGCUUCAUGGUGUAUGACCGCUCCAACUUCCAGGGAAACCAGUACUUUGUGAGGAGAGGAGAGUAUGGUGACUACCAGCGUAUGGGCAUGUCUGACUCCGUUCGCUCUUGCCGUAUGAUCCCCAUGCACAAAGGACAGUUCAGGAUGCAGGUCUAUGAGAGAGAGAACUUUGGGGGUCAGAUGCACGAGAUGAUGGACGACUGUGACUCCAUCCAGGAGCGUUACCGCAUGUCCGACUGCCAGUCCUGCAACGUGAUGGAGGGCCACUGGCUCAUGUACGAGCAGCCCCACUUCAGAGGCAGGCAGAUGUACGUGAGGCCUGGAGAGUACAGGAACCUCAGAGAGAUGGGAAACAGCUCCGUGAACAGAUACACCUCCAUGAGACGUGUCCUGGAUUCCUGCGAGAGCCAGCAUCAUUGAAGUCUGAGAUUCUUAUUUUUCUGGCAUUCAAAAUAAAUAUUGGAUAAUUGAAAUGCA